AUGCAUAGGAGAGUACUGCCUUCAUACGGUCAUCGAGAGCAGAGCCAAAUCGUUUCUCGUCCCGAUUGCCUCGUUUACUGCCGCGAUCGGCUAAUUUCGCUGGUGAGCCCAUCUUCAGUUCGUAGGGCUUCGAGAAACCCGAGCACGAUGGCGGAUUGCUCCGAGUUCUUCCUGAAGAACAAGCCUUGUGCAGGGUUCGAAGAACGGUCCGAUAAAAUCAAGUAUUUCUGUGAUCAUCACUUGGCGGAGGCCUCCAGAGUUGUGCUCGUCACCGCAGGAGGCACCACAGUUCCCUUGGAGCAGAAGACGGUCCGUUUCGUUGACAACUUCAGUCUCGGCAACAGAGGGGCGGCUAGCGCCGAAUAUUUUCUCCGAGCGGGCUACGCCGUUAUUUUCAUGCACCGACAGAACUCAUUGGAGCCGUUUUCGCGGAACAUCCACAGCAAUGUCCUCGAUCUAUUCAGCACACGGAGCGGAGCCCUAGAAAUCUCUGAGAACGUCCGUGGUCUCAUUGAGAACCAAGUGAAGCGGUACGAAGCCGCUGUUGCUGAGAAAAAGCUACUGAAGGUCUCGUUCACUACUGUAGCAGAUUAUCUCUUCCUCUUGAGGGCCGCGGCGCAACAUUUAGCUCCCUUGGGUGGACGUGCAAUGCUCUACCUAGCAGCGGCGGUCAGCGACUUCUAUGUUCACCCAGAGAAACUUUCCGAGCACAAAAUCAGCUCCGACGCCCAGCUGUCCCUGACUUUUCAUCUCGUGCCCAAGGUUCUGGGACCACUGGUUUUCCACUGGGUACCUCGAGCUUUCGUGAUUUCCUUCAAACUGGAAACCGACGAAAGCAUUCUACUGCAAAAAGCCCGUGGCGCGCUUGAAAGCUACAAACACCACUGGGUUAUCGCGAACGAGCUGCACACGAGGAAAGAAAAAGUCACUCUAGUCGGUAAAUCCGAUUUCGAGAAUAUCCAUAUGACGCCUGAGGAUCUCGCUGCAGGAAUCGAAAUCGAAGAGAGGAUCGUCGACUGCCUCACCGAACUUCACGACGCUUUCGUGAAGAGCCAGAGUUCUGAAAGUACUUGAGCAGGAGGACUUCUUUUGAAGUUUUGCGAUUGUGAUUUAUUAGAUACAGGUUUCAGAGUACCUUUUUGAGAGUUUAUAUUUGCGUAUUGAGUGCUCAACACAGUCUGAGAGACA